AUGGAACGGAAUCAAAACGUCGAGUUCCGCCUGGGCUGGCACGUCUUGAGGAAACAGGACACGGAGGCGGACUUGGAAGUGUAUCAUUAUCAAGAACUCCGUAGGCCUGAGCACUUCCCCCCUGAAUGGUUCCAACCUCAGCAGAGCAAGGUCCGCAGUGUCCUGGACUCGGCAUACCAGGACCGAGUAGUUGCAGUCAAGCUUAAGGAUCAAGGCGCCGCCCAACGUCACCGAGCUCACUCUGCGACCUGGACAAAACAACAGGUUGAGGCGUCCAUCAGCAACCAGACGACAACGAAGUUAGUCAAGGUCGUCGCGGCGCAUCAGCUCAAGGGCGGCGACACACAAAUUUUCGGGAGCACAACCGCCGAGACUACACAUCUCAAGCAGAAAAGGGAGUAG